AUGCAGCCGGCUGAAUUCAACGCUGCUGGCGGCGGCCAGCGGACAAGUGGAGAGCAAGGUCGCUCUCCCAAUCAAAUGCCGAACCAGCCGCCCAACCAGCAACAACAGGUUGGAGCCAACAGGUCCUACAACUUCGCCGGCAACUAUGGCAUGUAUUAUCCGUAUGGAGGCUACCCGCCGGGUUACGGAGCGCAGUUCCAGCAGUAUAACAUGUAUGCAUGCUAUAAUGCGGCGGGAGGCGCCAGCGGCGGAGCGGGAGCGCAGCAGCAGCAGCAGGCGGCGCCCGCCAGCUACGGUGGGGGCGGUGCAGCGAGUGCUAGCCCGGCCUACCGGGCGAUGGCGGCGCCGCCGCCGGCGGCUUCUCCUCAGACGUCCCCGCAGCAGGGAUCAGCUGCUGGUAUGUAUUUGCCGGGGUACCCUGCGAUGCCAGGCAGUUACAACGGCUACCGGCAGCCGCAAAUCCAGACAACGAACCGGACGGGGGCCGCGGGCCGCCCGGCCGCUGCGACGACGACGCAGUAUAAUUGGACGCCGAUGUACGGAAGUGCGCUGAUGCAGCGGCAAACGGAGCCGCACCAGGCGCAGCAGGUGCUGUACCCUCGGAGCGCAGGCGCGACGGUCCCGCCGUCGGUCUCUCCGCGCGCCCUGCGCACACGCGCUACCAACACCGCUUCUAAACGCAAGGGCCGUAAGGGCAGCGACGAAGAUAUGGAUGAAGACAUGUUGGCGGCCAGCGACGAAGAUGACGACUACGUUCCGGCCACCAGUCGCCGCCCUCGGCCGACACGUGCCACUGUAGAGGCGCGGCGAAAACGCAAGAAACAGGAAACCUCCAGCGAAGAGGAAGCCGACUCAAUUGACGAAGCAGACGACUACCCCAAACGUAAGCAGCCUGUUUGUGUCCUGGACGAGGUCGUCCUCCACCCCGCCCCACCUCUGACCAUCGACAAGAUCGUCGCCCACGUCGACUACUGGUGGGACCAGGCUUCUGACUUCCUUUAUGAGAUCCCUUCCUUCGGAGACGCCACUCUUGACAGCAAGAGGGCAGACGCCAUGGGCGCCGAUAACUCCGUCAUACGCGGUGAGUCCGACAAGGAAAGACGCAGCCAGGCCACCAGUCCCGCCUCUUCUCUCGCCCACGGUUCACCCGUCGCCUCCGGCGCCGCAUCUGGUACCGCUUCACCGGUGGCUCCAGCUACCGAAAACGCGGCAGCUUCGUCGGGCGCUGGCGCACCAGAGGAGGCCAGUGGCGCGACUAGCGCAACUGAGUUCAGCGUGCACCAGUCCGCUCUGGCUGAUCAUGUCAUGGAUACCAAGUUGGAAUCGGCCGAGCUCGAGUCGACCAAAAUAGAGUCCGGUGCGGCGGCCGUGGACACCAAGUCCGAAGUGGCGGACGUGGCCACGGACGCGGAGACGGCUGCGGUGGAUUCUGUGAACAAGAACGGAGCUGCGGAGGAGUCUGAGCCACUGCGGUGGAGUUUUGAGCGGGCGCCGGUGGAGGGUUGCGAGCGGUUGCGUAAGUACGUGGUGAAGUGGAAGGGGCUGUGCCACCUGAAGAACGAGUUGUGGACGUAUGAGGAGUUGGUGGAGAGGAACGCAGGCGGUAUUAAGAAGUUGCAGAACUACAUGAAGAAGCAGGAAGAAUUGGAGCAGAAGAAGCUAUAUUGUGGCGAAGACGAGAUCGAGCAGAUCAACAUCGCAAUCGAGUUGCAGCGGCAACUCGACCAAGACGCCCAGAUCCCCGACCGGAUCGUAACGGACCGGAGUGUGGAGCCUACGGCGAACGUACCGCCCUCUGGUCGCGGACCGGUGGCUAAGGAGGUGGUGUACUUGGUGAAGUGGCAGGCGAGCAGUUACGACCAGGCCACGUGGGAAACAGGCGACUUUCUGAGGGAACAGAAUUUCGACUACCUGCUGCAGGAGUACCAGGAGCGGGAGUCGCGGGCAACGGGUAUCGGGAGUGCAAUGUUGCCUCUGAACCAGCAUGACUUAUCGGAGACCAGUUUCGAGCCUUAUCGGAGCACGCCAUGGUACAUGGGAAGCAAGCAGAGUCCGAUUGAGUUGCGUGACUACCAGUUGGUUGGUGUGAAUUGGAUCAUUUCGCGGAUGAAGAAGGACCUGUCAGUCUUGUUGGCUGACGAGAUGGGUUUGGGAAAGACCGCUCAGACGAUUACGGUGAUCGGACACUUGUUGUUUGUGGAGAAAAUUGCGGGACCCAUUUUGCUCAUUGUGCCUCAGUCGACAAUGGACAACUGGCUCAGCGAGUUUAAGAAAUGGUUGCCUAAGGCGAAUGUCAUUUUGUAUCAUGGGAACCCACAGGCGCGUGAGGUCGUGCGGCGAGAGGAGAUGAAAAUCGUCAAGGCGCAGGAUAUGUCGAGACAAGCAUACGAGUCGUUUCGGCAGCCGAUUUCGCGUUUGACGGAUAUGACUUCGCACGAGCUGAAGACUUGGAUUACCAACCGAACAAGGUUCCGCUGUGACGUGGUGAUUAGCACGCCCUCUAUCUUCCAGUGGGGCGACGAUUUGGUGACGUUGCGGAAUGUGCAUUGGUACAUGAUUGCCGUGGACGAGGCGCAUCAGUUGAAGAAUCGCGAGAGCAAGCGGUUUCGUGAGCUGUGCGAGUUUCGCGCGCGAUAUAAGCUCUUGCUGUCCGGUACGCCGUUGCAUAACAACCUAGAGGAAUUAUGGUCAUUGUUACACUUCAUGAACCCUUCUAUUUACGGGGACCUGAAUCAGUUCAAAUUGCGUUACUCAGAGGUGGAGAAGACGCAGUCUACGGGCGAGUUAAAGCAGCAGCAAUUGGCUACGUUGCAGAAGGACUUGAGCAAUAUAGUGUUGCGGCGCGUGAAGAAGGACGUGCUCAAGUCGCUGCCGAGCAAAGUAGAGUGGAUUCUACGAGUUGAGUUGUCUCCUGCGCAGAGCAAGUUGUGUCAGGACGUGGUGUUGAGAAAUUACGAGGCCCUGAGCAAGUCGACAGGCGGCACGAAGGUGUCGCUGCAGAACAUUUGCGUGGAGCUGAAGAAGAUAUGUAACCACCCGUUCCUGAUCCACGCGCCGGAUGAUCGGGAGACGUACAACCGUGAGAUCCUGUGGUCUUCGGGCAAGAUGUGUUUGUUGGACAAGUUGUUGCGUCUGAUGAAGGAUAAGGGGCACCGCGUGUUGAUUUUCAGUCAGAUGGUGAAGAUGUUGAAUAUCCUGUCCACGUUCUUAACGUUGCGGGGGUUCAAACACCAACGACUGGACGGCACCAUGUCCCGGGACGUGCGGAAGAAGGCAAUGGACCAAUUUAACGCGCCGGAUUCCGAGGACUUUUGUUUCCUGCUUUCGACCAAGGCGGGCGGGUUAGGUAUAAAUCUGACGACGGCAGACACGGUGAUAAUUUACGACAGUGACUGGAACCCGCAGAACGACUUGCAGGCGGAGGCGCGUGCGCACCGAAUCGGGCAGACUAAGCCCGUUCAGAUCUAUCGGGUGGUGACAAAGGACUCGGUUGAGGAGGAUAUUUUGGAACGUGCUAAAGCCAAGAUGGUGUUGGAUGCGUUAGUCGUACAAGGAUUGAACACGAAUGCGGAUUCGAGUGUGCUUAGUAGCGCCAAGCAGGCUAACGGGUUCAGUCGCGAGGAGUUGGCUAAGAUUUUGAAGUUCGGUGCGACCAAGCUCUGGCAAAAGGGUGCGGACGGGGUAGACGUCAACGGAGACCCGUUGGCGGCGGAGAUUGACUUGGAUAAGGUCUUGGCAGAGGCGGAGCCGCAGCAGGACGACUUGGGUAGUCGCGCGGGCGACUUGCUGAAUUCGUACAGCAACGUCACGGACUUCCGGUACGAAGGGCGCGACGAGGACAAACUGAGUUGGGACAGCGUGGUGCCGUUGGAGGAGCGACUGAAGUUCCAGGAGAAGGACGAGAAGAAGCGACGCAAGGAAGCGGCGCCGGCGGUGAAGCAGACGCGGGCGAAGCUACGUGGUCAAUGA